AUGGUUUCUGGCGUAGAAGGCUUGGGAGCUGCAUCUGAUCGAAUCGAAGCGGUACUCUGCCAUCUGCUCAUCCCGCUUUUUCUGCGCACCGCAACGAAUCCUAAAGAAGCAUCGAUCAUUCAAGGGAAGGAUCUGGCUUUUUGUUUGUCGUUGAUGCAGCAUGCCAUAUCACCUCCGGCUGGGAAGCACAGUACCGCUCCAUUGGCGAACACCUCCACUCUGGCCACGUCGUUCAUCAGAAGCGCUCAGCAUGACAUAUCCGGGAGACAAGGCUCGGUAUCCGUCACUGAUCGUGGGCACUCAGCAACCGUCUCCACCCUACGCAUCGUAAGAGACAGCGUUUCUCAGUGCAUAUACCUAGCACUGAAGGUGAUGAUGCUCUGUUUCGGGAAGCUUCUGACGCCGAUGUGGCCGAGAGUCGCUCGUUUAGUCAAAGAUCUGAUUUCAAAGAAGCAAGGUGGUCAAAGUGCAUGCCAAUUCAUCGAUUUCAUUCUUCACGCCGAGCUGCCCAUCGCUCUUCUUAUUCUGCCUGUUAUACAAAACAGGAGUGGUCAAAGUGCAUGCCAAUUCAUCGAUUUCAUUCUUCACGCCGAGCUGCCCAUCGCUCUUCUUAUUCUGCCUGUUAUACAAAACAGGGUGAAGCAAAAACCUUCCUGUGAACAAGACGCAAUGUGGCAGGCGGAGAUUCUGGAGAGGAUGGAGUCAAAAAACUACUACACAAGUUCAAUAGGAGCAAUGUUACAUAAAUGCCAAAUUGAACUGACACAACUGAAAGACGACCUGGCGUGUCGGCCGCUGGACUUGCCGAGAUCGUACACACCGACGGCCACCGACCCACAUUCAGAUUCGUCGGCCGCAUCCGUUCCAGUACGAAAAGAUCGUAGGGCAAGCACGCGGAAGCAUGCUCCAAUCAAAGAGACCGACGAAGGGACAAUUUUCGAAGAUAUCGAAGAUGAGGGCACUGAGUCAUCUCAACCGUCGAGCAGCAGAGUUACGAAGAGCCCUAGUGUGCCACUUAAUAAGGUGGCCACAUCCCCAAGAACGCGAUCUGCGAGUGGUUUCGGAAUGUGGCGAAGCAUUCGACGGAAGUCUCGUCACAUCUCCACAGAAAGUGAGAGUGAUGGCGAUCGAAGCGUUGAAUUGGUGGAGACACAGAGACGGGAUGAUCCAAAUAUGCCAAACCGCACCCCUGUUCGUCGCCUCACAGAAGCGUUCAUACUCCCAUUACACGAGACACUCGACACCAAUCGGCAACGAUGUAAGCGAUUCUGUACUUGUCAAAGAAAAGUUAUGAGAAGAAGGGGGUGCGGAGAAAGAGUGAAGGAUGUGUUGGAGUGGGUACGGAUUAUUUUCAAGUGCUGUAGAUAG